UAAAUUCCAUCGUCACCAAAAAGAUAGUACUGGUCCCUGGCGACAUCUCUUACGAAGACGACUUAGGAGUGAAAGACUCAAUUCUGAGGGAAGAGAUGUGGAAUCAAUUAGAUGUUGUAGUUAACUUAGCUGCAACAACCAACUUUGAUGAAGGGUAUGAUGUUGCACUUGGCAUCAACACAAUGGGAGCUAAGCAUGUCUUAUGUUUUGCCAAGAAAUGUGUCAGACUAAAGGUUCUUGUCAAUGUAUCCACUGUUUUUGUUUCUGGGGAGACAGCCGGGCUUAUUCUAGAGACUCCAUAUGGCGUGGGCGACACCCUUAAUGGUGUCUGUGGAUUAGACAUCGAUGAAGAGAAGAAACUGGUUGAUCAGAAACUAAAUGAACUUCAAGCUGAAGAUGCCACAGCUGAAGCAAUUAAGGAUGCCAUGAAAGACACGGGCAUGGAAAGGGCUAAGAUGUAUGGAUGGCCAAGCACCUAUGUAUUUACAAAGGCAAUGGGAGAGAUGCUUGUAGGACACUUGAAGGAAGAUUUAUCCGUGGUCAUCAUACGCCCUACCAUUGUUACCAGUACAUACAAAGAACCUUUCCCCGAUUGGGUUGAAGGUGUCAGAACAAUUGAUAGCCUAGCCGUUGGUUAUGGGAAAGGAAGACUAACAUGCGUCCUUGGGGAUAUUACAGGAAUCGUUGAUGUGAUACCAGCUGACAUGGUGGUGAAUGCCAUAAUUGUGUCCAUGGUGGCUCAUGCUAAUCGACCAUCCGAGAAUGCAAUUUAUCAAGUGGGAUCGUCAGUAAGAAAUCCUAUGAGAUACACUAAUCUUCAAGAUUGUGGCUUUAAUUACUUCACCAAUAAACCUUGGAUUGGUAAGGAUGGGAAGCCUGUCAAGGUUGGCAGGGUUAAAGUAUUACGCAGCAUGGCUAGCUUCCACAGAUACAUGGCAAUUCGUUAUUUGCUAUUUCUAAAGGGACUAGAAUUAGCAAAUACGGCAUUUUGCCAUUUCUUUGAGGACAAGUAUAGUGAACUCAAUAGGAAGAUCAAUUUUGUGAUGAAAUUAGUGGAGCUUUACAGGCCAUACUUGUUCUUCCAGGGAGUGUAAGUAUAUUCUUCAUUAAUCUUGCUGUCAAUCUACAAAAUUAACCAGUUCAUGAUCA